AUAUCGAAUAAUAUCUCGUUUAGUGCACACCUCUAAUGCACAUGUGUUUUGGUAGUCUGUAAUUUGGUAAAUCCGCAAACAACAAUUAUAAACGACAAAAAGCAACAGCAGCAUUACAAAAAUGGUGAAAGGAAAAAAACCAUAUAUUGACCGCAAAAAGGCCGUCACGUUUCACUUGGUGCAUCGUAGUCAGCACGAUCCGCUAGUAACCGAUGAAACUGCGCCGCAGCGUGUGCUCUUGGAGGCGGGUGCUCGGCAGUCCAAGCCGGAAAAAGAAACACCUGUUGAUCCAGCGAAACGCCAAGAGGAGCUCAAGAAGUUUGGAAUUCACUUUGAUGAUGACUACGACUAUAUGCAACAUCUUAAGAAACGAGAGAAUGAUGUUGUAUGGGAAUAUAUGGAGAACCCGAAUCAAGCCAAGAAAUCUAAUGAAGAGGAGCCCAAGAAUCGCAACCUUCUAUCACUGCCUAGUUCUGUUUUUGCCAGUGAAUUCGAAGAGUCGGAGGGAAUGUUAAACAAAGCAGCUCCCCAACCAGGUCCACGCCCAGAUUGGGAUCCAGAUGUAGUGGCAGCGCUCGACAGUGACUUUGAAGACAACGAAGAUUUGGAAGAUGAUUUUGUUAUGCAGGCCAUGGGUGGCGAUGACGAUGAUGAUGAAGAGGGCGAUGAGGAUUGGGAGGACGAUGAGGAAGAUAAUGAUAUGGAUUUUGAUUCAGAUAAUUUAAAUGAUGAUGAUGAUGAAGAGAACCCUGAUGAACUUAUGGAUCGUCUUGCCCCGCUAUUGCGAAAACGUCGUUUCGAUGACGAAGAAACCAAAUCGCGCUUCACUGAAUAUUCAAUGUCAUCAAGUGUAAUUCGGCGUAAUGAACAGUUAACUUUGUUAGACGAUCGCUUCGAACGUUUCUAUGCCAGCUAUGAUGAUCCUGAGUUGGGCGAUUUGGCCUUGGAAGAAAUUGAGGGAAACUGGCAUCAAAAGCAUCCCGUUGUUAUGCAAUGUUUUAAGGAAUUCAAGAAGAAAUCCGACGACUUGGAAUACGACAAAGAAUGGGAUCGUGAACGCGUUAAAAAGUAUGAAAAUGUUGUCGAUGGUGAACACGAUCCAACAGACGAUCUUGUCGACUACGAAGUGGAAGAUGCCAAGGAGAAAAAAUGGGACUGCGAGUCGAUCUUGUCAACCUACUCAAAUAUUUACAACCAUCCCAAGUUGAUCGACGAGCCGCGCGCGAAUCGUCGUGCAGCGACAAUUCAGAUUGAUCCCAAAACGGGUCUUCCUACAAAUGUGCUGCGAGGUGGUGCCGAUGGUCAGCUGACUGCAAAAGCACUAGCCAACUUGGCGGACGAUUCACCAAGUGCAACGGGUCCUAAAUCGCUAUGUGCCAAAUCUGUCCUGUCCACACUCAGUGUUCUCUCUAUACGCCCCAAGGAUGAAACUCCCGAAGAGAAACGCGAACGAAAACGUUUGCUCAAGGAUUACCGCAGUGAACGACGCAUCGAAAAGAAGGCCAACACUGAGGCAUUUAAGGAGGAGCAGAAACGGCAGAGACAUGUGAAGAUCAACCAACGCACCAACCAGCAAGGUUCCACAAUUGUUUAAGCCCUUUAACUUUAGUGUCAAGAUGUUAUUCUUGAAAAUGUUAGUUUUAAAUACUUUUUUCAAUGCAUGUACUAAAAUGUGCUUGCAUUUGCUAACAUAAAUAUGUAUGUUUAACUCAAAUGCAAAGUUAUUUGUUAUGCAAUUACCAAUAAUUCUUUUGCUCAUAUUGCGGGUGCAUUUGAUAUUAGAGUCAUGCUCAGGAAUAGCUUUGGUAGUCCAAGCAGGACUUGCGUGUCUAUAUUGUAAAAAUGCGGAGACAAACCGAAAACCAUAUACUCUUUGCAAAUUUCUAUUGAUUGAGACAAAAUUUAUUUAACUUUCGGCAGAGUCUAUCAAUUACUAUUUUUGUAAAUAAUCUAAUUAUAUUGGAUCAAAUAAAAGAAACAAAAAACUGUAAA